GAAAGAACAUUUGAAUGCAAGCAGUGUGGAAAGUCUUUUAAAAGAUCUUCAACGUUAUCAACACAUAUGCUCAUUCAUUCUGACUCAAGACCCUAUCCUUGUCAGUAUUGCGGGAAGAAAUUCCACCAGAAGUCAGACAUGAAGAAACACACAUACACGCAUACAGGUGAGAAACCGUACGUGUGUCAUCACUGCGGUAAAAGUUUCAGUCAGUCGUCGAACUUGAUCACCCACAGUCGUAAGCACUCCGGCUACAAACCUUUCGCUUGCCAACUCUGUUCCAGAACUUUCCAACGCAAAGUCGACAUGCGUCGUCACGCCGAAAGUCAACAU